AUGGAAUCUUCUAAUACUAGUACCCUUCGCGAAUAUAAUUUUAUGUCACGAAAAACAUUUAAUAACAUACUUACUGAAUUUAUUCAAUCAAAAGCUCCCAAAUAUCAAGAAUCUACAGUAAUUAGCCGUGAACGUGCAGAAAAAUGUAUUAAAAUUUUAGAAAAUCCUACUAAUAAUGAACUAAAAAAUUCAAGUUUAUCAAAACCAAUUAUUGCUAAUCAUUUUAUGACCCGAGUUCAGAUUGAUCUUCUUGAUUUAAGCUCUCGCCCUGAUGGAUCUUGGAAAUAUAUUGCACAUGCACGAGAUCAUUUUUCUCAUUUUUCUUGGGCAGUUCCAUUAGAGUCUAAAUGUGCAUUUGAUGUUGCAGUUAUUCUAAAACUUUCUAAAUGGUUAGAAGAUACUAAGCGAAUAGAUUGGAGUACAGGACUUAGUUUGUAUGCAAUGAAUACAGAAUAUUCACAUGAAUAUUCACAUGCAACAAAACAUACACUAUAUGAAAUCAUAUUUGGGCAAAAACCUCGAUGCAAUCUUCCUAUAGUUGAAGCUCUUUAUUUUCAAAAUUGUACCUGUGAAGAAGAUAUUCCAGAAAAUAUUGCUUUAGAAAUCGAACCAAUUUUAGAAAAUUGUGAUACAAUAAAUGAUACAGAUACUGACAAUGAUAAUGAAUCAGAAACUGUUGAUUUAACCAAUGACAAUAAUAAUAAUAUGAACGAAAUAGAUUGUCAAGUACAUGAAAAUGAAAAUACAAUUGAAGAAACUGGCGAUGACAAAGAAAAUUAUGAAACUAUUUCUACUUUUCAAUAA